AUGACAAGACCAAUUUUAAUUUCUUACCCAGUUUCAAUAUUAUAUAAUAAAUUCAAUAUUCAUAAUGGAUUAAAUACAAUUCUUGAGAUGAUUUACCCCAUUGGUUCAAUAUAUACAUCAAUGAAUUCAACAAAUCCAGCUGAUGUAUUCGGUUUCGGUACAUGGCAACAAAUAACCGAUCGUUUCCUCUACUGUGCUAAUAGUUCAAAACAAACCGGUGGAAGUAAAAAGAUUACUGGCGAAAAUUUACCUGCUCAUAGUCAUUAUGUUAAUUUAAACACUCAAGACUCGGGCUGGCAUAGUCAUACUUAUACUAAUUCGUUUGAAUAUCCUGAUGGAAAUAAUGGAUUUCCUGAUGGAUGGUCUGAUAGAGACGCUAGCAGGGGUAAAUAUUGGUAUGGUAAUAAAAACAGAUGGAAUGAAGGAUAUACUUCAAACGGUUCGGGUACACAUUCACAUAAUGUUUCAAGAUAUACACAAACGACAGGAAGAGGUACAGAUUACAUGCCACCUUAUAUGACGUUUAUGCAUGGUUUCGCGUUCAAUGA